AUGCCCUCCCAGCCAAAGUCAGUAUUCUCCGCUCUCCUACACCAUCUCUUCUCCACCAUCACCACCCUCCUCCUCUUCCUCUUGUCCCUCGGUCCCAUACCCCAGCAUGUCGGUUUUGUGAUGGACGGCAACAGGCGGUAUGCAAGGGAGCUGGGAAAGAGAGUGGAGCAAGGACACGGAGAAGGCUUCAUGGCCUUACGGCGAACGUUGGAGAUCUGUCUGAGACUCAAAAUCCGAGCUGUCUCGGUAUAUGCAUUUGCUAUAGACAACUUCAACAGGUCAGAAAAUGAGGUUGGGGCUCUUAUGAACCUUGCCAAAGAGCGCUUGGCAGAGCUUUGCACCCAUGGAGAUCUGCUAGAAGAGUAUGGAGUGAAAAUCAAGUUUGUGGGGAGGUUUGACCUGCUUCCACCUGACGUACAGCAGGCUGCUAGAGAUAUGGAGGCGAUGACUGCUGCAAACAAAAAUGGUGUCUUGAAUGUCUGUUGUCCGUAUGCUUCCAGAGACGAGAUCGUGACCGCCAUGAAAGGGUCUAUGAGCGAUGUCUAUAGCGGCGAGAUUAUGACGAGUGAAAUCACAUCGCACGACGUGUUUCAGCGCCUCGGCACCUCAAAGGCAGUGAGCGAGGUGGAUGAACGUCUAUUCUCAAGACCAGAAGAUUCGGGAAAGCUGGACAUACUUGUGAGGACAUCAGAUGUCAAGCGUCUCAGCGACUUUAUGAUGUGGCAGUCAUCCGAUGACACGCAACUUCACUUUGUCAAGACUUAUUGGCCAGAAUUUGGUCUGUCUGACAUGAUACCUAUACUGCUGGGUUGGCAGCAGAAGAUCUGGAUGCGAAGGCUGGGGUGGUAA